CCGAGCUGAGGGUGGAGAUGCAGGCGCCUACGGGGAAGCUGUCUGGAGGUCGCCAAUACCACAUGAGGUGUGAGGCCUCCGGGGUGAGGCCCCCACCUGUCCUCACCUGGUGGCUCCGAGGACAACACCUCACACACAACAUCCACGUGCAGAGCCUGGGGGUGGACUCAACGGUGUCUCUGCUGCGUCUGCUGGCUACUGCUGGCGACGACGGCGGUCUGCUGGAGUGUCGAGCAGCGGCCCCAACACUCCCACACCUGCUGGCCACAGACUCCUACAGACUCACCGUGCACUAUGUCCCCGAGGCCAGCAUCAGCAUCGAGGGGGGUGGCAGCCAAGGACGGGUGGCCAGCAAGAUCGUCGGCGUGGGUGGCGUGGGCGGCGUGGGCGGGUUGCGGGCGGGGGACUCUGCCACCCUAACUUGCGCCGCCCGCGCUAACCCGCCCGCGUAUAACUUCACCUUCUUGUUCAAUCCCUUGGAACACCCCGGAGGCAGCCAAAGGGAAAACUAA